CUGAUAACAUUGUUUGGAUAAUUGUAUUGUUUCUUUGUGCGACAAAUAUAUAUAAAUAAAUGACUCACUUUGAACACUUGAUUUUGCAUACGAAUUGAACUUUUCAGCUUUGUCACACGAUUAGUAUCCGAAAAAUUCCACAACUGUAAACAUGUCGCAAGUAACUGACGCAGAGUGGUCCGAAUAUAAGACUAAAUUUGAGAAGAGCUACGAUGGAGAAGAAGACCAAAUGCGUCGUGCAAUUUUUGCGAAAUCCAAAGCGAAAAUUGAGGAACAUAACAAAAAAUAUGAUAAUGGGGAGGUAACAUGGAAAAUGGGCAUUAACCAUUUGGCCGACUUGACAGAAGAAGAAUUUGGGUCUCGUUGCGGUGCAAGACAACCACAGUAACAAUACAAGUAACAGUAUAAAUGAAUCUCUUCAACUGUGAAUUUUGAUAUGAUAAUCGAAUAUAUGUAUAAAUACAAAUAAUAUAUGUGCGUAUUGUAACAACAACAAA